AUGGCUUGGGAAAGAAACUUCGAAGCGAAGUUGUGGAGUAUUCGUGAAAAGGAAUUGGAGAUGCAGAAGAUCACAUAUCUCAUGAAGAUGUUACUAACCACCGUUGGAAACUUGAUUCCACUACUGUUUGCUCUUGCAUCGUUCGGGCACUAUACAGUCCUUCGUCAUCAAAGUCUUACUCCAUCCAUUGUUUUCACAUCUGUUAUAGUCUUCAAUGGGAUCCAAUACGCCAUUUCAGGCCUACCUGAAGCUAUUCUCGCCGCCGUACAGUGCUUUGUAUCUCUGUGUCGAAUUGAUCAGUAUCUGGACAGUCAAGAAGUUUCACUCGACAGAAACAUUUCAAAACACAUCUCACUUUGUGAUGCUACAAUAACAUGGCCUGGGGUUGCCCACGACGACAGUGCAUUCAAAUUAUCGAAUGUCACCGUCGAGUUUCCGAUGGGCGAGCUCAGUCUUAUCUGUGGGAGGGUUGGAUCAGGGAAGAGCCUACUUCUACUUGGAUUGUUAGGUGAAGCAGAUGUCAUCGAUGGUCACGUGAUAUGCCCUCAUUCCUCCCCGGACUUCAUAGCAAAGAGUCUCCAGAAACAUAUAGCAGCAGACGAAUGGAUAGUCUCUGGAUCAUGUGCAUAUGUACCGCAGACUGCCUGGCUGAGGAACCAAUCGAUUCGAGAGAAUAUUUUAUUUGGGCUUCCACAUUCUGUUGAACGAUACAUGAAGACCCUUGAGGCCUGUGCACUCAUCCCAGAUCUUGACAUUUUUGAAUACGGUGAUCUCACGGAAAUCGGAGAGAGAGGAAUUACAUUGUCGACGGGACAGAAAGCGCGCAUAUCGCUAGCUCGAGCGGUAUACUCUCGAGCCUCAAUCUUGCUUCUCGACGACGUUUUAUCAGCUGUGGAUGUUCACACCGCUCAUAAAAUCUAUCACGGAUGCUUGAAAGGAGAACUGAUGCAUCAGCGCACAGUGCUUCUGGUGUCGCAUCAUCUGCAGCUUUGCGUUGACAGAUCAGCUCAUGUCGUUGCGUUAGAGGAUGGGAAAGUCGUAUUCCAAGGACCCCCCUCUGCAUUCCAUCGUUCAAACACAUUCCAUGGUCUCAUCAAUUCACAACAACAACACUCCGAAGUCACUGAGGUUGCCAAAAGCGCGCAGGCUGAAGUUUUGCAACCUCUGACAACCCGCGGUCCGAUAAAACUUCGCGUCGGUGACGCUCCUAAGCUGGUCAUCGAUGAAGUGAGCUCUGUGGGAAGGAUCAACUGGGAUGUGUGGAAAAACUUUCUUGGGGCUUACGGGCGAACAUUUUUCUGGGUGUCAUUUACCAUUGGUCUCAUUGUUGCCGGUCUAGGACCUGUCAUCGAGAACAGCUAUUUGCGCGUCUGGGCAGACGCCGGGGAAGCUGCUCGCCCUCUCCGCUAUGUCUCAAUUUAUGCAGGCAUAUUAUCCCUUAAUUUGACCCUCCGCGUCAUCCAUUCCUAUAUAUUGUACCGCGGCUCUAUUAGAUCUUCCCGAGUCUUGUACCAAAGACUUUUGGAAAAUGUCCUGUUUUCGAGUGUCCGUUAUCACGACACUGUUGCGCGUGGCAGCCUUCUUAACAGAUUCGCUAAAGACAUGCAAAUCAUUGAUGGCUUUAUUGCUGAUGACUUUGGUCGCGCAAUGAAGCUUGGAUUGUCAACUUUGAUCACUUUCAUCACGCUUGCGGUGGUUGGCGGAGUACUGUUCGCUGUUUCUGCGCUAAUCCUCGCCGUCAUUUUUGGUGUUGCUUCCCAAGACUAUGGUCAUACCUCUCGCGAUAUGCGGCGAUUGGUUUCAACGACGUUCUCCCCCCUAUACUCAGUAUACGACACGGCUAUCACAGGGGCGAUUGUGAUUCGUUCCUUCGGAGCAUCCACCGCAUUCCUUCGGGACAUGAUGAGAUUCGUCGACGCGAAUUCGUCUGCUUGUCAUUGGCAAUGGGGUCUAAACCGUUGGUUCUCUGUUCUUUCCAUUGCUUUUGGGGGUUCAAUCGUCGCUGCGGUUGGCCUCGCGGUCCUACUUUCCUCAACAAAUGAUGCUUCAUUGGCCGGAUUAGCUCUUGUGUUUGCAUCAACCAUAUCUGUGGAGUUGAUGUAUUUUAUCCGUGCUUUUGUUGGGCUUGAACAAUCUCUGGUGGCCGUCGAACGAGUGAAAGCAACUUCAGACCUCCCUCGGGAUCCCCCGGAAAUCAUUGAUCCGCGACCUCCGAUUGGAUGGCCCACCGCUGGGAUGAUCCAAUGCGAGAACUUCAGUAUUCGCUAUGCGCCAGACCUUCCGAACGUGCUGCACAACAUCACUUUUCGCGUCGAACCGGGGCAAAAGAUUGGUAUUGUGGGGAGAACUGGAUCUGGAAAGAGCACCUUAGCACUGUCCUUCUUCCGUUUCGUGGAAGCCAGCACCGGACGCCUCGUGAUUGACGGUCUAGACAUUGCAACGUUAGGUCUGACAGACCUCCGAAGUGGCUUGACCAUCAUCCCUCAAGAUCCUACACUCAUGAGUGGUACAUUGCGGUCAAACUUGGACACUUUUGACGAGCAUCAAGAUACCGAUAUAUUCGAGGCGCUCCGAAGUGUGCAUCUUCUCUCAGACAAUGAUAGCUCUGUGUUUGCAAAUCUGGAUUCGCCUGUGUCGCAGGGGGGAAACAACUUUUCUGCUGGACAAAAGCAGUUGCUGUGUAUGGCACGCGCACUCCUCAAGCAUUCAAAGGUUCUUCUCAUUGACGAGGUAAAGUGGUUCUACUCGUAUGGUAGCAUUUCUGAACGACGGUGGACAAUAGGCCACGGCGAGGUAGGAAACCUACUCUCUUAA